GUGUUCUUUAAUGUGGCGGCGCCUCGCCAAGAUAGGAGGGGAAGAAAACACCCCCGGAGGCUCCGGCGGGGUGGUCUGCGCGGGGGCGCCUCCCCUCCCUUCUCUUCGGAGUGUUGCUCGCAAAUAAUUCUUGCAGUUCGAUUCUGCGGCUGUUUACUCGAGAGGGAGCCGCACUAGGCGACGUGCCUCGGAUUGUGUAGCCUUAGGCGGCAUCUUUAGCAGGAAAUAAAUCCCAUUGAAUCCGAAGUGGCUUAAUCUCCGCGAGCCGGGUUUGAACCGACCUUGUAAGGCCGCGUUGGUCGCCUUUUAAGAGUCUGGGGGACGCUGAAGAACCGGCCGCGGCAGGAGCCUGUUGAAAGGGCUGAACCACUGAAAUAGUGCUAUGAAUGGUGAAUCUAGAGCAGAGGUGGUAACCUCACCACCUCCAACAGCCCCUCAUAAAGAGAGGUAUUUUGACAGAGUUGAUGAAAAUAACCCAGAUUAUUUACGAGAGAGGAAUAUGGCACCUGACCUUCGCCAGGAUUUCAAUAUGAUGGAGCAGAAGAAAAGAGUCUCUAUGAUUCUUCAAAGCCCAGCAUUUUGUGAAGAGUUGGAGUCAAUGAUCCAGGAACAAUUUAAGAAAGGAAAGAACCCAACAGGCUUGUUGGCUUUACAACAGAUUGCAGACUUCAUGACAACAAAUGUACCAAAUGUUUACCCAGCAGCACCUCAGGGUGGAAUGGCUGCCUUAAACAUGAGUCUUGGCAUGGUGACACCUGUGAAUGAUAUCCGGGGAUCUGAGUCCAUUGCUUAUGACAAAGGAGAGAAAUUAUUGAGAUGUAAGCUGGCAGCUUUCUACAGAUUAGCUGACCUCUUUGGGUGGUCACAGCUUAUUUACAAUCACAUAACAGUCAGAGUAAAUUCAGAGCAGGAACACUUUCUUAUUGUGCCGUUUGGGCUUCUAUAUAGUGAGGUUACUGCAUCCAGUCUGGUUAAAAUCAAUAUUCAAGGUGAUGUAGUUGAUCGUGGAAGCACUAAUUUGGGAGUUAAUCAGGCUGGCUUCAUGUUGCAUUCUGCGAUCUAUGCAGCUCGACCUGACGUUAAGUGCAUUGUUCAUAUACACACUCCAGCAGGUGCAGCGGUGUCUGCAAUGAAAUGUGGCCUCUUGCCAAUCUCCCCUGAGGCACUAUCCCUUGGCGAAGUCGCUUAUCAUGAUUACCAUGGGAUUCUUGUGGAUGACGAGGAGAAAGUAUUGAUUCAGAAGAAUCUGGGGCCCAAAAGCAAGGUUCUUAUACUCAGAAAUCAUGGUUUGGUAUCAGUUGGAGAAAGCGUUGAAGAGGCAUUCUACUAUAUUCAUAAUUUGGUGAUUGCCUGUGAGAUACAAGUACGAACUCUGGCCAGUGCAGGGGGACCAGACAACUUGGUGCUGCUGGACCCUGGAAAAUAUAAAGCAAAGUCUCGUUGCCAUGAGUCUCCAUCAGGGGAGGGGACAACUCCUUAUCCAAAAUGGCAGAUUGGAGAGCAGGAAUUUGAAGCUCUUAUGCGAAUGCUUGAUAAUUUGGGCUACAGAACUGCCUAUCCUUAUCGAUGCCCUGCUCUGAGAGAGAGAUCUAAAAAAUACAGUGAUGUGGAGAUUCCUGCUAGUGUCACAGGGUAUUCUUUUGCUAGCGAUGGGGACUCGGGCACUUGUUCCCCUCUGCGGCAUAGUUUUCAGAAACAGCAGCGAGAGAAGACAAGGUGGCUGAAUUCUGGCCGAGGGGAUGAUGCUUCUGAAGAAGGGCAGAAUGGCGGCAGCCCCAAGUCGAAGACUAAGGUGUGGACGAACAUUACACACGAUCACGUGAAACCCUUGCUGCAGUCUCUCUCGUCCGGUGUCUGCGUGCCAAGCUGUAUUACCAACUGCUUGUGGACUAAAGAGGAUGGACAUAGAACUGCCACCUCUGCUGUCCCAAAUCUAUUUGUUCCAUUGAACACUAACCCAAAGGAGGUCCAAGAAAUGAGGAACAAGAUCCGAGAGCAAAAUCUGCAAGACAUUAAAACUGCUGGCCCACAGUCACAGGUUCUCUCUGGUGUUGUUGUAGACAGGAGCCUUGUACAGAAAGUAACUGUGUACAAGGAUGCUCCCCUCUCAGACUGUACGGAAACAAUUGAAGGGCUCGAUCCCACAGAGCAGGCCUUUAGUCCCGCUAAAUCUGUCUCUGUUAGAAAGGGAGAAUUGGUGACAGCAUCUAAAGCAAUAAUUGAGAAGGAGUACCAGCCACGAGUCAUAGUGAGCACAACAGGACCAAAUCCCUUCAACAAGCUCACGGAUAGAGAACUGGAAGAGUAUCGCAGAGAAGUCGAAAGGAAACAGAAACAGUCAGAAGAAGACUCAGAAGAUGCCAGACAGCAGAAAGAAAAGAGUUCCCCUGAUCACACUGCUGCUCAUACUCCACCCAGCACUCCAAUUAAACUAGAGGAAGAGAGGCAGCCUAACCAGACUUACAGAGAUGACAGUGAUGCUGCAACCUUUAAGCAAAGCCUCCCAGACCUCACCCCUGAUGAGCCUUCAGAAGCCCUCAGUUUCCCAGCCUUUGGAAAGGAAGAUGAUGGUAAAUGUGACAAAGACCUGACCCCAAGCCAGACUGAGUGCCGUCCUGAAAACCAAGAGCCCCAGCCCCAGCCUCAGCCUGGCGAAGAGGCAAUGACUCCACUGGCUGAAGAAGGCACAGCAGCCGAUGCAGGCAGUGAUGAGUCUCCUGGGAAGUCUCCGUCCAAGAAGAAGAAGAAGUUCCGUACGCCUUCCUUCUUGAAGAAAAACAAAAAGAAGAGUGACUCCUAAAGGCCUCUAAAAAUGCUGUCAUGUUUUAGAAUCCAAGUUUAUUAACCACUAGAACGUAUCAGUUCGAGUGUUUUUUUGUCUUGUAUGUAAAAAGCAGAACAAGCAACGCCCUCGAGUUAUAGCUUGAUUGCUUAAGAUUAUAAUGGAAAAUUAACAAGCAGAAGGUGCUAAUCCUGUAUGUGCAACAGCAGCUAACCAGGGUUAAUCCCUAGUAUGUAAACGAAACUCAAUGACUUCCAUGGAAGACACUGAUCCACUGUGUGUAACUUUUAAAGCCUGUUGCUUUAUAUAUGAAGACAAGCAUUUUUCACAAGGUCCUGCUUACAGGGUGUUGCUCUCUUCUCACCCUAAACUUUGUUCUUGUCCCAGAGCCUACUGUUGUUGCAAGUGGCUUAUUAAGUACUGACCGCUUGGAAAUGACUGCAUUUAUAUUUUUGAGAGGUUAUAUUCUUGAACUGAGCAUCUGCUUCUGCACUGUGUAAUUAGAAGUAAUGUUACACUGAGGCUUUAAAGAGAGCUGUUUUUCUUCCCUCUUAUUCUCUAUUGUAGCAUAGCUGAAAUUUAAACCUAAUUGUGUCAAAGAAUGACAAGAUGUGUUUCCUGCUUAUCCCCCACCUGUUUUCUAAUGGAGUUUACUGUAAUCUGUUCCACAAAAUAAUUCACUCUUUUACUAAUUUAUUUUCUAGCAGAAGGUUUUAGCCAACCUCCUGUGAAUAUUUGGAGGAUAAUUCUGAGCCCUGAGAAAGAAAACUCCCUAGUGGCAAUCACAAGCCUACUGCAUUUAUUGUCACCAAGGCAUGUGGCUUCCUCACUUAAACACCAUCAUAUGAAUUGCCCUGCUAAAUUUGUACAGCAGCUGCUGUUAUUACAGUAUCGGCAGUCAAUAGUUAUGGAAGCUGGCCCACUCUUUCCCCAGCAGCUUCAAGGCCACGUAGCUCACUUCUGAGAGCCCCCAGAAGGUUUGUUGUACUCUGGCAGCUAUUCGCUUCUACUUCUCUGGAUUCAUAAGAUGAUGACGAUACAGAGACUACACACUGAGAUGUUACUGUUUAAAGAAACAAGUUUUAUUCUAAUAAUUUGGAUUCCUGCAAAACGUAAAGUUGGUUUAUUUCUGGUUGUAACAAACAUGCACACAUCACUUGAGGUCAGGAGAGCUAGGAUAGUGGGCUUUAUGAAUUAGAACUUAGAAAUGGCUGAUGCACCACUUCAGGAUGGUGAGUUUUUGUUUUGGGUUUAAAAAAAAAUAAAGCUUGGUAAAAUUGAACGCCUUACAAUUUGUGCUUUAAAAAAGCACAAAGUAGUAGAAUGAAUUCAGUGACUGGGUGCAGCAUCUUUCUAAACCUGGCCACUCUUAGGCUCUAAAUAGAUGCCUUGGAGCAGUUUAAAAUGGUAAAUAAACUUUGUCUCUGUAACAAGUGCUGAAGGGUUACAGGGAGAUGAGAGUUGAUAGCAGUAUAGCACCAUAACAGGAUAAUGGACAAGCAGCAAGCACUGCGAGAGAGAGAGAAGCCUGAACAGUGAUGUUUUGUAUGGACUGCAUGGCACUAUGGCUUUAAGCUUGUUUCCUAACUUUGUAUGUCCUGUGAACACUAAGAUGCAUACAGUACGUACUUUGUUCAAUCGUGUCUCAUUACCAGGGUUGAAAUUGCAUUACAAAAGCCAUUGCUUCAUGUUUAUGUUAUAAAAUGUAGGGGACUUAUCUUUUGACCACAUAUGCAAUGAUUUCGAAGUUCUAAUUUUGUAGUUCUCAAUUCUUUGUAUUACAAUAUGAAAUCUAGUUGUGUAAGGUGUGCUAACACACUGCAAUGGGCAGGGUAGGGUGGGAAAAACCCUGUAUUUUUUUCCUCCUUUUGAUGUCUCAUUCAGUUCUACUCACAAUAAAAUUCUUUAAA